AUGGCGAGCUACAUAGCCUCAUACAUUCCCGCCAUCAAGUCGAUCAUCCCACAGGCCUCGCCAUCAGUCGCUUCGCUUCCAGAAAUUGGCGAUGCAGCUCCAGCGCCCGUAGGCUCAAUCGAUCUUACACGCGGCAAUGGCAGACCUACGCUAGUGGCCUUUGUAAGACACUGCGGUUGUCCAUUCGCAGAGAAAGAGGUGCAAUUACUCGGAGCCGAGAGUCGUAAGAACGAGAAUCUGCAUGUAGUGAUUGUACAACACAACGAUGAAGCAACUACAAAACAAUGGUUUGAGGAUGUUGGCGGCAAAAAAGCUUUCUCAGACUCGGACCGCUAUACCCUCGUUUGCGACCCCGAGCGCAAGAUCUACGCUGCGUGGGGUGUUGGCUCUCUAGGCUGGACGGGAAUGGUGAACGGCGGGAUCAUGGACGCGCUGAAGUCGUUGAAAGAGUCGGAUGGCAUUGAUCUCAGACCUACGGGUGCUGGAUCUUACAGAUGGCAGAAUUCGGGUGGAUUUGCUGUGGAUGGAGAGGGAAAGAUCAGGUGGAAGAAGAUUGCUAAGGAUUCAUCGGAUGUGUGUGAUUAUGCGGCUGCUGCGAAGACUGUUGUUGGUAAGGGCGAGCAUGUGCAGAGUCGAUUGUAG